CGGGCUAGGUUGGCAUCACUGAAGUGGAUCCGUUGUGGCACGUCACUAGUUUCUUUUAACAUAAACAUAUUUCCAAUUUUCUUGCACAAACGGAUCGCUAAAAAUGAGUGCCCUGUUCAACUUUCAGAGCCUUUUGUCGGUAAUUCUCUUGCUGAUCUGCACUUGCGCCUACUUGCGCUCGCUGUUUCCUAGCAUCAUUGACCGCAACAAAACCGGAUUGCUGGGAAUCUUCUGGAAGCUGGCUCGAAUAGGGGAACGUAAAUCUCCUUGGGUAGCGGCGUCAUGUCUGAUUAUGGCUUUUACCGUGCUCUUCUGGAGCUGAGGCCGCAUAGGUUCAUGGCACCCAACAUCCCCUAUAAUUUCUGGUUCGUUUGAGCCUAUCUGACAUGUAAGAAUUGUAAAUAUACUCUGCGUUCUGCAGCACUGGCAUUCUCGUCUUUCGCAACACUUCA